CAGCCCUUCCACUGCUCUGUUUGCCAGGGUUUCCCCACACCCACGGAGUGAACUCAGCCGCGGCCCUGCCUGGAAGGAACUUACAGUCUACCCGGAAAGGUGGCCCACAGAUGUGUUGGGCCUGGUGAGAGGGUGAGGCGAGACGGCCCAAUCGCCCAGGGCCCUGGAAGCUGCGGAGGUCACCCCUGCCUGGCCUUAGCUCAGGGACACCCUGGAUUCACGUGGGAGCCCCUGCUCCUACCUCCCCCAUCCCACCACUGAGGCUGUUGGGCCAGGCCAGUCAUGCUAGAACGGCCUCCUGCACUGGCCAUGCCCAUGCCCACGGAGGGCACCCCACCAGCCCUGAGUGGCACCCCCAUCCCAGUCCCGGCCUACUUCCGCCACGCAGAACCUGGAUUCUCCCUCAAGAGACCCAGAGGGCUCAGCCGGAGCCUCCCACCCCCGCCUCCUGCCAAGGGCAGCAUCCCCAUCAGCCGCCUCUUCCCUCCUCGGACCCCAGGCUGGCACCAGCUGCAGCCCCGGCGGGUGUCAUUCCGGGGCAAGGUCUCAGAGACUCUGCAGAGCCCUGGGUAUGACCCAAGCCGGCCAGAGUCCUUCUUCCAGCAGAGCUUCCAGAGGCUCAGCCGCCUGGGCCACGGCUCCUACGGAGAGGUCUUCAAGGUGCGCUCCAAGGAAGACGGGCGGCUUUAUGCGGUAAAGCGUUCCAUGUCACCAUUCCGGGGCCCCAAGGACCGGGCCCGCAAGCUGGCCGAGGUGGGCAGCCACGAGAAGGUGGGGCAGCACCCAUGCUGCGUGAGGCUGGAGCAGGCCUGGGAGGAGGGCGGCAUCCUGUACCUGCAGACGGAGCUGUGCGGGCCCAGCCUGCAGCAGCACUGUGAGGCCUGGGGCGCCAGCCUGCCUGAGGCCCAGGUCUGGGGCUACCUGCGGGAUAUGCUGCUUGCCCUGGCCCACCUGCAUGGCCAGGGCCUGGUGCACCUUGAUGUCAAGCCUGCCAACAUCUUCCUGGGGCCCCGGGGCCGCUGCAAGCUGGGUGACUUCGGAUUGCUGGUGGAGCUGGGUACAGCAGGAGCUGGCGAGGUCCAGGAGGGAGACCCCCGCUACAUGGCCCCUGAGCUGCUGCAGGGCUCCUAUGGGACAGCAGCGGAUGUGUUCAGUCUGGGCCUCACCAUCCUGGAAGUGGCAUGCAACAUGGAGCUGCCCCAUGGUGGGGAGGGCUGGCAGCAGCUGCGCCAGGGCUACCUGCCCCCUGAGUUCACUGCCGGUCUGUCUUCCGAGCUGCGUUCUGUCCUUGUCAUGAUGCUGGAGCCGGACCCCAAGCUGCGGGCCACAGCCGAGGCCCUGCUGGCACUGCCUAUGUUGAGGCAGCCGCGGGCCUGGGGUGUGCUGUGGUGCAUGGCAGCGGAGGCCCUGAGCCGAGGGUGGGCCCUGUGGCAGGCCCUGCUUGCCCUGCUCUGCUGGCUCUGGCAUGGGCUGGCUCACCCUGCCAGCUGGCUACAGCCCCCAGGCCCGCCAGCCACCCCGCCUGGCUCACCACCCUGCAGCUUGCUCCUGGACAGCAGUCUCUCCAGUAACUGGGAUGACGACAGCUUAGGCCCUGGACACCCUGUUUGUCUUGCCCGCCCUCCUGCAGGCCCUCACUCUCCCCUGAGGCUGUCCUGGCCCGGACUGUGGGGAGCACCUCCACCCCCCGGAGCAGGUGCACACCCAGGUAAGCAGAUCCAUGGGCUCGGGUGGGCAGGGCUGGCUUUUGGAUCCUGAGUGUUACUACUCUCUCCUCCCUACUCCCAGGGAUGCCCUGGACCUAAGUGACAUCGACUCAGAGCCUCCUCGGGGCUCCUUCCCCUCCUUUGAGCCUCGGAACCUCCUCAGCCUGUUUGAGGACACCCUAGACCCAACCUGAGCCCCAGGCUCUGCCUCUGCACUUUUAACCUUUUAUCCUGUGCCCCUCCCACCGCCCUUGAAAGCUGGGGCCCCUCGGGAACUCCCAUGGUCUUCGCUGCCUGGCCAUGUCCAAUAAAAAGUAUUUGAGCCUUGGGAGCACCCAAGCUUGCUCAUGUGGCAA